AGAAGGAUAACAAAUACGAUGACAUUACCAUCACCAGCCAAUCUGAUGAGCGCAACCUCGAUGGCAGCAGCCAAUGGAGCUAUGCCCAGUCUGACUACACAACCCGUGAAGAGUCUCUGGUCCAGAAGAAGAUGCAAGGAGUCACCUACGACUCUUACGGCAAAGAAUCGUACGGUGAAGUCCUAGGCAACACCAACAAAGGAUCGUCUUACUGGGUUUCCCCUGAAGGCCAGAAAUUCACUUUGACCUGGACUGCUGACGAAGCUGGAUUCCAGCCCAAAGGUGAUCACUUGCCCGUCGCUCCUGUCCAUGAAUACGAGCUCCCAGUUGCUCCAGUCCACGAGUACGAACUCCCAGUCGCCCCUGCCCUCCCUUAUUCGCGCACUGGACCCGGUUACUAAGUUAAGAACGUUUCCUUUGUAAAAUUUGUAUGGCAUGAACCAUGUAAGUGUAACUUAUUUCUUCAAAUAAACGUAAAUUAUGUUUUGAUAUCCCUA